UCCAACCUCCACUCGGCACUCCACCACUCUCCCCUGCCCUCCCCUGCCUACCUACUCCUCCACCACCACCGCCGCGGCCAUGGACGACAUCGCCGAGCCCGGCUCCCCGACCUCCCCGACGGCCACCUCCUCCUCGUCUUCCUCGUCGUCCUCCUCCUCCGUCGCCGCGAACAAGCGGCCGCGCAAGGACAGCCGGCACCCGACCUACCACGGCGUGCGCAUGCGGAGCUGGGGCAAGUGGGUGUCCGAGAUCAGGGAGCCUCGCAAGAAGUCGCGCAUCUGGCUCGGCACCUUCGCCACCGCCGAGAUGGCCGCGCGCGCGCACGACGUGGCCACGCUCGCCAUCAAGGGCCGCGCCGCGCACCUCAACUUCCCGGACCUCGCGCACCUGCUGCCCCGCCCGGCCAGCGCCGCGCCCAAGGACGUCCAGGCGGCCGCCAUACUCGCCGCCUCCGCCGACUUCCCCUGCGGCGCCAGUGCCAAUGCCAAGAGCCCCGACAGCGCCUCCGACGCCAGCGCGGUCUCGCCGCCGCCCCCGCCUGCACCGCACGCCGAGCCGGUCCAAGACCCGGAAGACGCCCUGUUCGACCUCCCCGACCUGCUCCUGGACCUGAGAUAUGAGGCCUCGGCGGGCCUCCCGUGCGCGUCGUCCUGGGUCGUCGACGAGGACAUCGUCGGCGCCGGCGUGUUCCGCCUCGAGGAGCCACUCCUGUGGGAGUACUGAUCAUCGUCGCUGCAGCAGAAGGUUCCCACCGUUCCAGUCGCUUCACACAUGGCGCUUACUACUUCGUGAUUGGGCCGAUCGGAGACAUGGAAAUGCACCUCGUUCCGUCAAUCAUCUUACUACUAUCUAGGACGUCGCCGUCGUCGUCUUCCUCCGUCCGUCCGGUGCUGCUCCGCUGUGUUUUUCCUUUCUUCUUUUCCAAGUUCCGUUCCGGCUCCCUCUGCCUCCUCCCCUCGCUGCGUUUUUACUUUUCCUUUACCAAAAUUAGGAUGCGCGAGACUGUAUAAAGUUAGUUUCUUUUCCUCCGCUCGCCUUGCUUGAUUUGGGGGACAAGAAUAUGUAUAAUUAACAAGCAUCUUAUCUUACCUUA